CCCCACCUCCGCACAAACGCGUCGUUUCCGCACGCUCCACAGGGGAUCCUCUGCGCCACCGCAACCGUGUAACCCCGGCCGUGCCGCCGCCGGCGAUCCCGAUCCGCCGACCCGACCCGUCCCGUCCCCCCGCUCGCAGCCAUGUCGCCGUCGGAGCCGACGCGGGAGGAGAGCGUGUACAUGGCCAAGCUGGCGGAGCAGGCGGAGCGGUACGAGGAGAUGGUCGAGUUCAUGGAGCGCGUGGCGCGCUCCGCGGGCGGCGCGGGGGGCGGGGAGGAGCUCUCCGUGGAGGAGCGCAACCUGCUGUCCGUCGCCUACAAGAACGUCAUCGGCGCCCGCAGGGCCUCGUGGCGGAUCAUCUCCUCCAUCGAGCAGAAGGAGGAGGGCCGCGGGAACGAGGCGCACGCCGCCUCCAUCCGCGCCUACCGCUCCAAGAUCGAGGCCGAGCUCGCCCGCAUCUGCGACGGCAUCCUCGCGCUGCUCGACUCCCACCUCGUCCCGUCCGCCGGCGCCGCCGAGUCCAAGGUCUUCUACCUCAAGAUGAAGGGCGACUACCACAGGUACCUUGCUGAGUUCAAGUCAGGUGCGGAGAGGAAGGAUGCUGCGGAGAGCACCAUGAAUGCUUACAAAGCUGCUCAGGAUAUUGCUCUUGCUGAUUUGGCACCAACCCACCCCAUCAGGCUUGGGCUGGCACUCAACUUCUCAGUGUUCUACUAUGAGAUUCUGAACUCCCCUGAUCGCGCUUGCAACCUUGCAAAGCAGGCUUUUGAUGAGGCAAUCUCUGAGCUAGACAGCCUGGGAGAGGAGUCCUACAAGGACAGCACUCUGAUCAUGCAGCUCCUGCGUGACAACUUGACCCUAUGGACUUCGGACACCAACGAGGAUGGCGGCGACGAGAUCAAGGAAGCUGCUGCCCCGAAAGAGUCCACAGAGGGUCAGUAAGAUGGACUCGAUCUCCCGACCUGAUGCAUUUGCUGAUGUUGGGAGAGGGGUGACCAGGACCGCUGUGCUUGAAUUCUGAUAGCUUAUCUUCUAGUAUACCUUGUUGUUGUCUUCCGUCAUCACACGCACCGGUGUAUGCAUGCGAUGGAGCUGCUGCCAUUGCUGCUGUUUUUAAUUAAGCACUCUAGAUGUCGUCAUGCCGCGCGCUUUGUUGUUUCGGUUUUUUCAAGUCGAUAAAAUGAUGGCUGGAUGCUGGUUUUCGUGCUCCAAGCCAGCCGCCACCAAGGAAAAAAGACCUGCUCAUCUUGUGUUGCAGCUGUUGUGUUUUAGAAUGACCCCACGUACGGAGUAUUUGACUUGACAGGCCUGCUGCCGAGUGGUAUUCUGUUAUGAUGAUGGCUUUUGCAAAGCUAUUUGGCUUAAAUGUCUCGGAAUAAUCUGAAUUGGCUCCAUUGGAUUUUUUUAAGCA